GUUUCCUGGAAGGAUGAUUACAAGGCCGGUGAUCUGGUAAAACAAGGUGCCAAGGCCCAAAUCAACAGGAAACUAGGAGGAAGACAUACGUAUCGGGGACAAAAUGCAGCUGACAGCCGGCCCCGAGCUUGUUUAAAGGACAGCGGCGUUCCUGGAGGUAGUCACUUUGCCUUUCAUCAGGAUGAGUUCUGAGGGAGAAGCCUCAGCGCCCAGCUCAGUUCCAUGGACCAAACACAGAAAAGAAUGCUGGACCAGCCCCUUUGCAUCCCCACUGCCCAGCCCAAGAAGAAAAGGACAUCAGUGAUAUCUUUCUUUUCCAAGGUCUCUUGGAAACUGAGCCUCCAGAAGCAGGAGCCUCUGAAGAAUGUGUCUUUCAACUUGGCAGAGAGAGCCUGGGACCCCAGUUUUAAAAAGCGUCAUAUGGCAAUGAGAAGCCUAGGAACUAUGGCCUGUGAGACCCCGGACAAGGUGAGAAAGUAUAAAAUGAUUGUCCUGGACCUGCUGGUGCAUGGACUAUAUGACCCCAUGAGUUCUGAAGUCAUCCACGAGAACCUGAAGACCCUGACCAUCAUGCUGGGCAGGAUCCAGGGGAAAGGCUCUGGCUCCUUCUUCAUAGACAUCACCCUUCGGACCAGGACUUUGUUAGAUGAUGAGAAUGACAGCCUGAGAUACUCGGCCUUUGUCUUGUUUGGGCAACUGGCUGCCUUUGCUGGGCGGAAGUGGAAGAGAUUUUUCACCCGUCAGGUGAAGCCGACUUAGGAUUCUCUCCUGAGCCAUUUACAGGAUAGGAAUCCCCAGGUUGCCAAGGCUUGCAAAACAACUUUUCGAGCCUGUUCUCCGUAUCUGAGACAAAGGAAGGACUACAGCUUCCAGAGUGAAGAGGACCAAAGGAACCCUAAACUCUGCCGGCAGCUGAGCCACUAUCAUCCAGAGCUCCUGCAGUUCUUCUAUGCAAACAAAAUCCUGUAAACACAGAGCAGCAGGGAAAUGGUUCCAGUGAACACAUUGCUGGGGGCUGAUAUUCCCCCUUUUAACUCUUUGGAUACUUCUGCUGCUUCUUGUGAUUAUGAUAGAAAAGGGGGUGUUGGGAGAGCAAUUGAUGGCAAAAAAUAAUACUGUGGAAUUGUAUAAUUACACCCAAAGUACAUUCUAAAUAGCUUUUAUAUGUCUCAUUUUCUCCCCACAGAAAUUUGAUGAGAAGGUGCAUGCUUUAAAACAUUUAAAGUAUAUGUAGAUUCAGUGCUUAUUUCUCAGCUAUUUUCUUCUUAAGGAUAUCUCUGUCACCAAUUUUUAUUUUUAAUUUUACUUUUAAUUUCUAAGGCUUAGGAGAAUAACUGCUACCUGAAGUGUUUGUUUUUUUUUAAUCUGCUAUUGAUACUUUGGCAUUUGCUAUUAAUACCUUUUUUUUUUUUUUUUUUUUUGCGGUACUCCGGCCUCUCACUGUUGUGGCCUCUCCCAUCGCGGAGCACAGGCUCCGGAGGCUCAGACUCAGUGGC